AUGCGCUAAUAAAUCCUUAAGAUGUCAGUAUCCCUGAGCCUGCCUACAGAGCGGGCUCCGCUGUCUGCGGACCCGAUCCAUCAGAUCAACACGUUUAGGAGCUUCCUCAACGUUCUCGGAGACUCAUCGUCAAAAGAUGAGAACAAGUUGAAAGCUGUUCAAGAACUCAGUGAAAGCUUUGAUGUAAUAAUCGGCCAUGCGCAGUACCAAACCUUCCUUGACCAUGCUAUGCGGGUUUUCCUCAAGAUUCUCCAGGAGGGAACAUCCCACUUUAUUGCUGAGCUGCAUAUCCAGCAAGUACGGAAACUAGUUCUGGAGAUGAUCCAGAGAUUGCCGACUAAUGAUCUUCUUAAACCCUACGUCAAAAAUAUACUGUCUCUCACCUUCAAACUACUAGAAUAUGAGAAUGAAGAAAAUGUCCUGGUUUGUUUACGAAUUAUCAUAGAACUUCAUAAACAGUAUAGACCAGCUCAUUCACAGGAAAUCACGCAGUUUCUUCAGUUUGUUAAAAAUAUUUACACUGAACUACCAAACCAUCUCAACAAGAUCUUUGAACCCAGGGGAACUAUCAAGGUAAAAGAGUUGUCUGAGUUGAAUAUUGAUGCCCUUCUCUGUGAGACCUUCACUCUUACUUCUGUGCACACUGAGAAGAAACUUCCAGAUGGAUCACAAAACAUCUCGUACAGUCUAAUCCCUAAGGCUGUGUUGUCCCUGAAGGUAUUGCAGGAGCUCCCUAUUAUUGUAGUACUCAUGUACCAGUUGUACAAGAACUUUGUGCAUCCAGAGGUGGAGGAGUUUAUUCCCUUGAUCAUGAAUACAAUCAGUCUCCAGCCCCCAGCACACCUCAGGCAGAGCCCAGCUUUCAACAAGGAGGUCUUUGUGGAUUUUAUGGGAGCUCAGAUCAAAACAUUAUCUUUCCUCGCCUACAUUAUUAGGAUAUACCAGGAGCAAGUAUCCCUUCACUCUGGUUUAAUGGUUGAAGGUAUGCUCUCCCUCCUAACCAUCUGCCCGCAUGAGGUUGCUCACCUACGUAAGGAACUUCUAAUUGCAGCUCGUCAUAUCCUCGCCACCGAUCUCAGGAUUAAGUUUGUCCCAAAGAUGGAAAAACUUUUUGAUGAAAAUAUUCUGCUUGGUAAAGGCUACACGACUUAUGAAACCCUUCGACCUCUAGCCUACUCCACACUUGCUGACCUUGUCCAUCAUGUCCGCCAGCAUCUACCCCUGGCUGACCUGGCUAGGGCGGUCCAGCUCUCUAGUAAGAACGUCCAUGAUGAGAGUUUACCAACCUCGAUACAGACAAUGUCCUGCAAGCUACUCCUUAACCUGGUGGAGUGUAUCCGACAGCGUUCAGAACAGGAGUCUGGAAAUGGAAAGGAACUGCUAGUUAAGAUGAUGGAAGUUUUUGUUCUCAAGUUCAAAACUGUUUCUAAGCUGCAGCUUCCAAUAUUGAUGCAGAAGCAUAAACCUCCCCCUCCCCCACCUCUUGCAAGCCCAGCUAUUCAGCACUUGGCGCCCCUGACCCCUGGACCUCCUUCUUUAGCCCCUAUGCCAUCUCCUGCCACUCCUGGUAAUCCGCAAACCCCAGCUACCCCUGCUACUCCUGAUGUUAAGAUGGAACAUGAUAUAAAACCGGUUCCAUCUCCAGGUCCUGCAGCUUCAACAGCUACACAGGAAAAGGAUGCAGAGGGGGAGAAGAAGAAUAAGUUUGGGUUCCCUAGUUCUCAAGCUCAGAACUACAGUGUUGGAGAUUGCAGAGCUCUUGUUAAAACCCUCGUCUGUGGAGUUAAAACCAUCACAUGGGGACUAGCCAAUACUAAAGGAGCAGAUGGAAGUACACAAACCAAACAAUUUCACCCCAAGGAGACCUUGAUCUACAUCCGUCUGGUAAAGUGGGCUAUGGAAGCCCUAGACGUGUACACUCUCAACACCUCACCUAACAACCAGCCACGAGCCCAACCUCACCAAACUGUCAGAACAAAAGAAGAGAAGGAAGUUUUAGAACAUUUUGCUGGUGUGUUUGCUCUUCUAAACCCCCUCACCUUCAAGGAGGUUUUCUCUCAAACUAUUGAGUAUGUAGUGGAGAGAAUAUAUAAAAACUAUGCCCUGCAGAUCAUGGCCAACAGCUUUCUAGCAAACAAUGUCACUUCGCCAAUCUUUGCCACCAUUUUGGUAGAAUACCUACUAGAUAGGAUGCAGGAGAUGGGAUCCAACAUGGAGAGAUCCAACCUGUACCUCAAGCUGUUCAAGCUUGUGUUUGGAUCUGUAUCCCUGUUUGCCGCUGAGAAUGAGCAGAUGCUAAAACCCCAUCUUCAUCAGAUUGUGAACAAGAGCAUGGAGCUAGCUAUGACUGCAAAGGAACCCUACAACUACUUUUUGUUACUCCGAGCCCUGUUUAGAUCUAUUGGUGGUGGAAGCCAUGAUCUACUGUAUCAGGAGUUCCUUCCUCUUCUGCCAAGUCUGCUGCAGGGACUAAACAGCCUUCAGUCUGGUUUGCAUAAACAACAUAUGAAGGAUCUGUUUGUGGAGCUUUGCCUGACUGUACCUGUACGUUUAUCUUCUCUGCUUCCCUACCUUCCAAUGCUCAUGGAUCCAUUGGUUUCAGCUCUCAAUGGAAGUCAAACUUUGGUUUCUCAAGGUUUACGAACCCUGGAGCUAUGUGUUGACAAUCUACAACCAGACUUCUUGUAUGAACACAUUCAACCUGUUAGAGCAGAACUUAUGCAGGCACUUUGGAGAACCCUAAGAAAUCCUAGCGAUCAGAUUGCUCAUGUAGCAUUCAGGGUUCUUGGUAAGUUUGGUGGAGGGAAUAGAAAAAUGAUGAUUGAGCCUCAAGCACUGGAGUUUAGAGAACAGGAGGAAACAGGGCCAUCAAUCACAGUUACAUUUACAGAUCACAAACAACCAAUGUCUUUACCAGUGAAGGACAUCAUUGAAACUGCUUUUAAUGCAUUGAAGUCCAGUACUACUGAACCUGGAUUCUACAGGAAACAAUGCUGGGAGAUUGUCCGUUGUUUCCUUGUCUCCAGUAUCCAACCUGAGAAUGAUAAACUGCAGACACUGAAACUUCUUUCACAUCAGACCUUCAGGGAAGGAAAGAUUCAGACUUCAAAUAUAACUCAUUAUUACUGUGCAGAUAAACAAUCCAGGAAUGUUCACCAAAUGGCUGUGACUGGAAUGUUUGUGGCAGCUGCUAUAAAAGAGUUAAGAACUGCAGUACUUCCUACAAUGGUUGCGAUGGUGAAGCAUUACACAAUGAUAGCUAUAGCACAGCAAGCGGGGCCCUUCCCUGCUGUUGGGAACAGACUCCAGAGAUUAAAUGGUAUGGAUGGUUUAGUUCUUAUUGAUGCUAUGGCAAAUAUAAUGGGACAUGAGGAGAAAGAGUUAUGCAAACCUGGACACCUCGCAAUGGUUCUUGUUCUAGAUACUGCAACUACCAUUACAGGGAGUAAAGAGAGAGCCUGCAGAUUGCCUCUAAUGGACUAUCUAUCAGAGAAGAUGUGUGCACUUUGUUAUGAAAGAGCCUGGUACUCUAAGCUAGGAGGUUGUAUAGCCAUCAAGUUCCUGUUUGAAAGAAUGGAUUUGAGAUGGGUUCUGGAACGUCAAUUCAACUUUCUCAAAGCUUUGUUAUUUGUGAUGAUGGACCUGACUGGGGAAGUGUCCAAUGGUGCUGUAGAUAUGGCCAAAGUUAAUCUAGAAAAGAUGCUUCGACAUUGUGGAUCUCCAAUAGAGUCCAAUCUGUAUGAUGAAAGUGUUUACCAAGAGUUAGUUUCAGCUCAAGAAAAAUCUCUUUAUGAUGUAACACAUGAGCUGGUUAGGCAGGUAACAAGCCCUAAUAAGUAUGUUCGUGAACAAGCGGUGCAUUGUCUAAAAGUUCUCUCUGAACUAACCAGUAGAUCUGUCACUGAUGUUAUGAAUCCCCACAAGGACGUACUGGCAGAUAUGAUCCCUCCCAAGAAGCAUCUGCUUAGACAUCAACCUGUCAAUGCUCAGAUAGGUCUCAUGGAUGGAAAUACAUUCUGCACAACCCUGGACCCUAGGCUCUUCACCAUUGAUCUAACUGUCUUGGAGCACAAGGUAUUUUUCACAGAACUACUUUCUCUCUGUGAAUCUGAUGAUCAGAGUUUACAGAAAUAUUCUUGCUAUAAGAAUGUUAGUAAUCUGGUCCCCCUCAGGCAGUCUGCUUUGAAGGCCUUGGCAGCCUGUCAUUAUAUGCCAGAAUGUCGGGACAAAAUAUUUUCAGUUCUCUACAAAAGUCUCCAAUCAGCCAACACUGAGUUGGCAGAAACCAGUUUUGAAUGCAUGAAAUCUUUCAUUGCUGGGUUCCAAAUUGAUAUGGAUAUGGUUCAUCAGGUGAUGCGUCAGCUGCUUUUAAACCUGGCAGACUACCGCAACCUUACUCUGGUUCUCAUUCAAAAACUAGCUUAUCUUGCACAGCUAUUUAGUAAUGUGUUCAGUGAACGGCUUUGUGAACAGCUUCUACAACAUUUGAAGAAGUGGCUGGAGGUUGCAAUUGUUACUCAGAAGUCAGCAGCAGGACAGAACAAGACAGGAGGUCAGGAUCAGUUAAAGAUUGCUGCUGCAAUAGUUGAUCUGUUCCACAGGAUCCCCUCCGCAUCAGCUAGAUUUAUUGAACUUCUUUGUAAACUUGUUUUAACUACAGAGAAAGCACUUGCUGUUGAACCAGGCAGUUUACUACGGGAUCCAUUGAGAAGAUAUCUUUCCAGAUUUCCUUCUGAAACCCUAGACAUUUUCCUGCAAGAACUAUAUGCCAAGGAUAGCCAAUGGUCUAGAUAUGUUGAGUAUUUACUUAAGCAUGAAGACGGCCAGAUGUUUCGUAAUUCUUUACAAGACAAGACAGAGAAACUGAUUGCCAUGAUGACUGGAGGAACCACAAGCACUAACCAGCUUGUACAGCUUGGUAUUCAACAAGCACCCCAGGUUAGCCCCAAUGAAAGAGCUGAAAUCCAGUACUGGGCUAUUAGGUAUACCUACAUACUUGUUAAAAAAUGUCCAACCUGGAUUUUAAACCAACAGCAGUUGAUCGAGACUAUCCGAGGUAUCUGGUGCAAUGAGCAAACCUACCAAGAGAAACAUAGAAAAGGAGAAAAUACUGACUAUACUCACUGGAAAGAGCCAAAACUGAUAGUUAAAAUCUUGUUGGUUUAUUUCAAGCAGCACCAAGAUUCUCACAUAUCUUUGUUGUUUGAUUGCUUGAGAGCACUUUGUGGUAGAUUCUUGACAGAUUUCCAAUUCUUGAAGGACUUUCUGGAGGUUGAAGUGGGACAGAAGUAUAGUGUUGAAUGGAAAAGGAAUGCGUUUUUUGAGUUUGUUAGACUAUGGCGUCUCCUUGAAACCAAUACUGGAGAAAGUCAAGGUCUCACUCAGGAUCUGAAGGCUAAGAUUUUGCAGUAUAUCCUGAUACCAGCUUUUGCCUGGUCCUUUGAUCAUGGUGAAGGGGAGAAAUUGAUUGGUUCCCCUCCUGCUCCAGAUAUUGAGAAUGAUGUAAAUGUUGUUUCAUCCUUUAUUCUGAACAUCAUUGAUCCAGACAAUCCAUUUGGAACAAGUGACAAUGUAAGAAUCUUAAUACUGCAGUUCUCCUGUCUUCUGGUUGACCAAGGAGCUGAGCAUAUUCACGAUGCUACUAACAAAAAGCAAGGAAAUAAACUGAGGCGUCUCAUGACCUAUGCCUGGCCCUGUCUUCUGUCUAAGAACUGUGUUGACCCAUCUACCCGUUAUCAUGGACAUCUUCUCCUCUCCCAUAUCAUUGCAAAGUUUGCUAUUCACAAGAGAAUAGUUCUGCAAGUGUUCCAUUCUCUACUGAAAGCACAUGCAGUUGAAGCACGCGGUGUAGUUAGACAAGCCCUUGAGAUCUUGACACCUAGCAUGCCUGGUCGAAUGGAGGAUGGAAAUACAAUGCUUACCCAUUGGACAAAGAAAAUUAUUGUCGAAGAUGGUCAUACUGGGAGUCAGUUGGUCCAUAUCCUACAGUUGGUUGUUAAACAUCACAAAGUUUAUUAUCCAGUUCGACAUCAUCUAAUGCAGCAUAUUGUUGCAAGUAUUCAAAGACUUGGCUUCACCGCAACAGCUACAGUUGAGCAGAAAAGACUUGCUGUUGAUCUUUGCGAGGUUGCCAUCAAGUGGGAGGUUCAACGUGCUAAGGAUGAGUCUGGAGUAGAUGAUGAUGAACCAGGAAAGAGACCUAUGAGUUUAGAUGGAUUACCAGAUGCAAAGAAAGCAAAGCUAUCUGGACCUGGAAAACCCCAACCUGAUGCUCUGAAACCUCUUGAGAAACAACAUGCUGAUAGUAUUGUAAACUACCUACUUAGAUUGGCCUGCCAGGUAGCAGACAAUCAGGCAACUACUGGAGGUUCACCUGGAGAAAUAAUGUCAAGAAGAUGUGUUGCUCUACUCAAAACUGCACUUAAACCAGACAUCUGGCCUAAUGUUGCUGUUGAUCUUAAACUUGCCAGUUUUGAGAAGAUCUUGGCUGGACCCCAGGGAGUAGAUUCCAAUCAGCCAAACUAUCUUAAUAUCUGUACCUGUCUAGAACUCCUCACCUUCCUUCUAUCCAUCCUUAGGAAGGAACAGAUCCUUGCCGCGUUCAAACCUCUGCAGAAGUCUAUUGCAACUUGCAUGAACUGUCCAAAUUCAAAGGUUAUUCGGUCCGUGCACAGUCUGAUGACAAGACUAAUGUCUCAGUUCCCAACCGAGCCCACCUCCUCCUCCGUAGCUUCUAAGCACGAGGAGCUGGACCAGCUGUAUGCUGCUGUAGGAAAGGUUAUCUAUGAAGGAUUGGCUGGUUAUGAAAAGAAUGCUCAGGCUCCUCCUAGCUCUCUGUUUGGAACCUUGAUGAUGCUGAAGGCAGCUUGUAUUAAUAAUGCUUGCUAUAUAGACAGGUUGAUCACAAGUUUUAUGAGAGUUCUGCAGAGGAUGGUGAGAGAACAUCUCACCCCGACUAAUCCGGAGAACAGUGCUGCGGCUAGCGAGCUCCUCAUCCUUUCUCUAGAUCUUGUAAAGAACAGGGUCGCUGUGAUGGGUCAGGAUAUGAGGAAAGCAUUUAUUGGUCAACUUCUGGUUGGACUUAUUGAGAAAUCUCCAGAUGUUAAGGUAAUGAAAGCAAUAGUAAAGAUGUUGGAGGACUGGAUGAAAACUAGGGAUGCUAAGUUGCUUAACCAGGGACCCAGUCUAAAGGAGAAGUCCAUCCUGCUCGCCAAACUCAUGCAGAACGUCGAGAAAAGAUUCCCUGAUGAUCUGGAGCUCAAUGGACAGUUCCUAGAGAUGGUUAACUUUGUAUAUAGAGAUGAAACACUGAAAGGAAGUGAGCUGACCAGCAAGCUUGAACCUGCUUUCUUGGCCGGUCUUCGUUGUGUCCAGCCGGCCAUCAGGGCUAAAUUCUUUGAGGUGUUUGAUUCCUCUAUGCGGAAAAGACUUCACGACCGCCUGCUGUAUGUUGUCUGUAGCCAGAACUGGGAGGCUAUGGGUCCACACUUCUGGAUUAAGCAGUGCACGGAGCUUCUCCUGUCCUGUGCUGAUCCUGGAACCAACCUCAGUAACUGUACUCCGACCAGUCUCCUGCCUCCGGUCACUGGAGUUAUUGCUAUGGCAGAUCCGGCGGAUAGAGCCGCCUUCCAAACCCUCUCUACUAUAAAGGAUGAACCAUCAGAUGUUGAGAGUGAAGCUGGAGAUUUAAAGGAUAAUGAUGGUGAUGGUAUGGAGAGUCAGACUGAAGGUGAUCUGACAGAUCUUGGAGAUUUAUCUGUUCAUGGACCUGGGUCAGUUGAUGUCAAGAAGGAAAUAGGAAAAGGUUCGAAUGGUGUGAACGGAUUGAACAACCUUGUCCUCAGGCAGCAUAAGUUUAUGGAUUCCGUUAAAGAGGUGAAAACUCUCACUUUCCUAAAUGCUACAUCUCAGAUGUGCCAUAUGGACACUAACCUCGCAGAGCGCCUCUGGCUGGACCUCUUCCCCAGAGUCUGGAACAUCCUGCUGGACAAACAGAGGGAGACUCUUGCUUCGGAGAUAAUCCCUUUCAUCUGCAGUGGGAGCCAUGUAAUACAGAAAGAUUGUCAGCCCUCCUCACUCAACACAUUUGUAGAAGCGCUGUCAAGAUGUCAACCUGGGAUAGCUAUCCCUGCAACUUUACUCAAAUAUCUUGGUAAAUCUCACAAUCUCUGGCACAGGACAACUCUUCUUCUUGAGCAGCAGGCUUUCGAUCCAACUCCCAGAGAUGUUCUCAAACCUAAGAAGGAGAUUGUUCAACAGGAGGUGUUUGAUUUUGAACCUGGACCCUCUACAUCCUCCGCUUUAGUCUCAGCUACCCCAGUUCAGGAGGCCCUGGAUGGAUUAUCUGAGCUGUAUUAUCUACUCCAUGAGGAGGAUAUGUGGGCUGGACUUUGGAUAAAAAAGGCCAAGUAUAACGAGACUAAUAUUGCCAUUGCCUAUGAACAGCAAGGGUUUUUCGAGCAGGCCCAGGGAGCUUAUGAGCUUGCUAUGUCUAAGUUUAGGAAUGAUGUUAACACCAAGCCUGCCUCCACCACAGUAAUGCAGGAGGUAAAGUUGUGGGAGGAGCACUGGCUCAAAUGCAGCAAGGAGUUAAAUCAAUGGGAAACAUUGUUGGAAUAUGGAAACUCGAGUGGUAUUAGUAACCCGAGCUUAAUAGUUGAAGCAGCCUGGAGGGUUUCCAACCAGUGGGGAACCAUGAAGGAUGCUCUGCAGCAGGUAGAGCAGGCUAGCCCACGUGAGAUAGCUUGGAAGGUUAACCUAUACCGAGGAUAUCUUGCUAUCUGCUCCCCUGAUGAUCCCCAUCUAGCUAUGGUGGAUAGAUAUGUUGAGCAUGCUAGUUCCCUAGCUAUGAGAGAGUGGAAGAGAUUGCCCAAGCUAGUUUCUCACAUCCAUCUUCCUCUCCUGCAGGCUGCACAGCAGGUUAUGGAACUCCAGGAGGCUGCGCAGAUUCAUCAAGGUCUCUUACAUGGUCGACAGAACAGUCUCCAGGAUAUGAAAGCAAUUGUUAAAACCUGGAAAAAUCGACUUCCUAUCAUCAGCGAUAAUCUCAGUCAUUGGAACGAGAUAUUUACCUGGAGACAGCAGCACUAUCAAUUCAUUGCCAGUCAUUAUCACCAAGAGAAUGAUCAGGCGAGUAAUCACAGUAUGCUUGGCGUUCACGCUUCAGCUCAGGCUAUUAUACACUUUGGUAAGGUGGCGAGGAAACAGAACCUCACUUCGGUAUGUCUAGACAGUUUGUCUAAGAUCUACACAAUCACUAGUGUGCCAAUAGUUGACUGCUUCCAGAAGAUCAGGCAGCAGGUCAAGUGUUAUGUACAGAUGGCGGUGGAUAGAGGGAAGAACGAGCUUCAAGAGGGACUGGAGGUCAUUGAGUCGACAAACCUCAAAUAUUUUACCAGGGAGAUGACUGCAGAGUUCUAUGCAAUGAAAGGUAUGCUCCUAGCACAAAUAGCACGAUCUGAAGAAGCUAAUAAAGCAUUUAGUGCCGCUGUUCAGAUGCAUGACACACUAGUUAAAGCUUGGGCUUUCUGGGGAGAUUAUUUGGAGCAUCUAUUCACGAGAGAAUCUGGUGGUAGGCAAAUGAAGUAUGGUGUUGAAGCAAUCACCUGCUACCUACACGCCUGCAGGCAACAGAAUGAAUCAAAGUCAAGAAAGUACUUGGCUAAAGUAAUCUGGUUGCUGACCUAUGAUGAUGAACAGCUCCAGCUAGCUGAGGCUGUUGAUAAAUAUAUGACCGGGGUUCCUCCGAUCCAAUGGCUGCCCUGGAUCCCUCAGCUUCUAACCUGCCUAGUCAGGAUUGAAGGGAAACCUCUGUUGAACCUACUGUCCCAAGUUGGUAGAAUGUUUCCCCAGGCAGUUUAUUUUCCCAUCAGAACCUUGUACCUUACUCUCAAGAUAGAACAGAGGGAGAGGAUAAAGGCUGGAGAGCAAAGUGAGAGAAGAUCAAGUAGUCCCAGCCAACAAGCUGAACCUGCUGCUACUAGCAGUGAGACAGGACCUAUCCGUGCCACUGCUCCUAUGUGGAGAUGUUCUAAGAUCAUGCAUAUGCAGAGGGACCUGCACCCUACAGUACUAUCUAGCCUGGAGGGUAUAGUAGAUCAGAUGGUCUGGUUCAGAGAGAAUUGGUAUGAGGAAGUACAAAGACAGCUUAGAGCAGGAUUAGCCAAGUGUUACGCGAUAUCUUUUGACAAUCGUGCAUCGAUCAGUGAAGCCACAAUUACACCUCAUAUGCUAAAUUUUGUCAAAAAAGUUGUUUCAACUUUCGGGAUCGGAGUUGAGAAUGUUGGAAACACUGUUGGAGGAAACUAUAGCUCUGGGAAUGAUGCCAUGCAUCGUAGAUCUCAAGCAACCCUUCAGGAUCCUGUAUUCCAGAGAAUGAAAAACCAGUUCAAAUCUGAUUUUGAUUUCAACGUUCCGGGCGCAAUGAAACUUCAGAACCUGAUUCUUAAACUUAAGAAAUGGAUCAAAAUACUGGAAGCCAAAACCAAGACUCUGCCUAACUCUUUCUUGAUAGAGGAGAAGUGUAGGUUUCUCUCCAACUUCUCCAGGUCUACUGCAGAGGUGGAGCUACCUGGAGAGUUCUUACUUCCUAAAUACUCACACUACUACGUUUGCAUUCAGAGAUUUAUGCCAAAGGUUGAGAUAGUAAACAAGCAUGGUGCAGCAGCCCGUAGAUUAUAUAUCCGUGGACACAAUGGGAAAAUCUAUCCCUACCUCGUUGUCAACGACAGUGGGCUCUCAGAUGCCAGGCGUGAAGAGCGCGUGCUCCAGCUUCUGCGCAUGCUCAACCAUUUGCUCGCCAAGCAUAAGGAGACGAGUAGAAGGUUCCUGAACGUGACUGUAGCGAGGGUUGUAGCGGUCAGUCCACAGAUGCGUCUAGUUCAGGAUAAUACCAACAGUAUUAGUUUGUUGUCUAUAUAUAAGCAGCGGUGUGCUAAACGACAAUAUGAUUACCAGAAUACAAUCAAUAAAUACUACGAGAGAUUAUCAUCAGUUCAAGCCAGAGGAAGCCAGGCCAGCCACACGGUGCUUCGUGACAUCUUGAAAGAGGUUCAGACCUCCAUGGUUCCGAGAACGUUGGUGAGAGAAUGGGCCUCCUCCACUUUCCAGUCUGCUACAGACUACUGGACUUUUAGAAAGGUAUUAACUCUACAGCUGGCUCUGGCCGGGUUCACAGAGUACGUUCUUCAUCUGACCAGACUUAACCCAGAAAUUCUCUAUAUACACCAGGACAGCGGGCUGCUGAAUAUUUCCUACUUCAAGUUCGACAUAGAUGAUGUUACUGGGGAGCUUGAGGCUAACAGACCAGUUCCAUUCAGGUUAACUCCAAACCUGACAGAGUUGAUAACUAACGUAGGUGUAUCCGGUCCUCUUACUGCGAGUAUGAUUGCUGCCGCUAGAUGUCUCGUCCAUCCGUCAUUCAAAAUACAGGCAUUGCUGCGUGCAGUUCUACGUGAUGAGAUGAUAAGCUGGCACAAGAAGAAUUCAGAUCCUAAUGUUUCAACCAUUAUUGAUACAAAUGGUCAGCAGCAGCCUGAGAAUAAGGACGGAGAAAUAAUAAUCUCAAUGGUUGGAAAAGCUCUAACAGCGAUCACAGCUCGUCUCCAGUCUCUCUCACAGUUUGAUGGUACAGAGAGUAAGGUUGGAACCCUGGUUGCUGCAGCUUGUAGUGCUGACAAUCUCUGUCGGAUGGAUCCUGCCUGGCAUCCCUGGUUGUAAACCUACCUGGAGUAUCCCCUGGUUUGAAACCUACCUGUAGUAUCCCUGGUUGUAAACUUACCUGGAGUAUCCCCUGGUUGGAAACCUACCUGGAGUAUCCCUGGUUGUAAACCUACCUGGAGUAUCCCUGGUUGUAAACCUACCUGGAGUAUCCCUGGUUGUAAGCCUACCUGGAGUAUCCCUGGUUGUAAGCCUACCUGGAGUAUCCUUGGUUGUAAACCUAACUGGAGUAUCCCUGGUUGUAAACCUACCUUGAGUAUCCCUGGUUGGAAACCUACAUGGAGUAUCCCUGGUUUAUUCUUAAAAAGUUUUUUUUUCAAUUAAUUCUGUUAACUCAAACUAGAAUUUCGACCAAAUAUUAGGAUCCUAAACAAAUACAUAAUUAACCUAAAAUGUUCCUACAAAUUUUGUUUUAUUAUUAUUGUGCAUUUAUUCGGAAUUUGUAAAAUUAUAAAAAAAUCAUUUUGUAUUCUGCUGGUUUAAACACCUUAUCAUGUUCUCUUACAAACUAAUGUUUUGUGAAUAUUUUAUACUUGAAAUCCUGAGUUGUUAAUCCUUGUAUGAUAAUCCAUUAAAAUACAUAGUAUUAUAAUUAAUCUAAAGUUGUAAAUAUUUUUAUAAUUGUUCCCACUUUUAUUCUGCAUAUUUAGAAUAUGUAAGAUAGAAUCCAUGUUUCAGA